AAAGAGGUGCCUUACUUUGAUGCGAAGAAAAAGUUACUUACAUUCAGACGCAUUUGUUUCAGACGGCGCAUAGAGACAUAUCGAAGAAGGCAGUCGGAAUGCGUGCCAAGAUUCGAUCAAUCUUUCAGUGGUGCUUGCGAACAGCAAAACCUGGAGACGAGUGCACUUCAGAAGCGGUUUCUCGAAGGGAAAGGGAAGCGACAGGCGAAGAAGAGCGAACGCAAACCGGACCUGCCGGCGAUAUCUAGCAACUUGCAUAGCAGCGUUGUUCAUGUGCAACAAAAGUUUGGGUGUGGUGAUUACGAACCUCCGGCUAAGCUGCAAUGUGGAGGUGGUGGCGGAGGUGUCACCGGCGAGGCUCUCACCAAGUUCUCUGUGGAGAUCGUCCAGCAGCUGGAGUUUACCACUUCGGCGGCGGACUCACAACCGCAGCAAAUAUCAACUAACGUCACCGUGAAAGCGUUGACUAAUGCUGUCAAAACAUCGAGCUCGCCACCCCCACAACAACCGCCACCGCGUGUACCCACUCCCCUGGAUUGUGAGCGAGAAUGCAAGGCUGAAUGCAAAUCGGAAGUUGCAGAUGAUGAGUUUGUAGGUCUUGACGAGUGCGCAGCGGCAUUAGAACGUGAUGCUGCAUCGGCUUUUCCGGGGCUAGCGGAACUCAUUGGAGAAGACGAUGGCGAUGAUGCCUUCGAAGAUCUCAUCACGGAAAUAUCCGAAUAUCCAGAGUUCAUGAAAAACUUCGAUUUAGAUGGUGGAAAACUAAACGGUGGUGGCCUAGGCCUAGAGCCUUCCGAAGGUGAGCCUCCUUCGAGGCCUUACGGUGGAGGAGAGAUGUCGCCGGCGGCACAAACUCUGAAGCACAUGGCGGAGCAGCAUCAACAGGCGGCGGGCGGGGACUGGGCUCGGUACCGCGGGUACGGCUACCGGCCGCGGCCUGCGCCGCCUCCCAUCGAACACCUGCACAUGACGCAGCAGCAACAACUGCAUCUCACACAGCCACAUCACAACCUACAGGUGCGUGCUUUAUUUCAUAGCCUUAAACCAUUGCCCAUUUACGAAGCUCUCACCAACUAAGGCACACACGUACAA